AUCUGGACCGAGCUGACUUCACAGUUCGCGAGGACAAUCAGAAUUUAUUGCAACUCAGUCUUCCAAGCAGAACGGACCAAAGGUCUUCCAAUUGCAACACGAUUAGCUACCAGAUCGGACAGACAGUCACCAUGCAGCAUCCGCAUCCGGGUGACCAGCCCACCUACAUGCCAGAGGUUCCCUUCCAGCCACUGUGGGGCCAGGAAGCACCGCCGCCACCGCCCAUAGUGCCCUACCAGGAGCUCAUCGCUGGCUUUCCCUGCACCGAUUUGUCCCUGUGGCAACGUUCCCAGGUGGCUCCCUUGGUGCCGCAACGUCCGUCCACCAAUGGCAGGGCCAACGGCUCCUCCAGUUCCUCGAAGAAAACUCGCCGUCGGGUGGCCUCGAUGGCUCAGAGGAGGGCAGCCAAUAUCCGUGAGCGUCGGCGGAUGUUCAACCUGAAUGAGGCCUUCGAUAAGCUGCGGCGGAAGGUGCCCACCUUCGCCUACGAGAAACGGCUCUCACGCAUCGAAACUCUCCGGCUGGCCAUCACCUACAUUGGGUUCAUGGCGGAGCUGCUAAGCGGCACGCCCUCAAACUCCCACAAGUCCCGCUCGGAUGUCUACGGUGGGAUGAACGGACACCAUCAGGCGGCCCCACCCCCCAUCCAUCCGCAUCAUCUCCACCCGGCGGCGGCCUAUCAACGUGACUUUGCCUCGCCGUAUAAUCAUAGUUUGACCUGA